UGUAACUGAAACUUGGAUUUGCCAGCUGAGGAGCUCGAACACUUGCACACACAAGAGAGCGCCAACGUCAACGAAAAAUGAGCGGCAAUCAGAUGAUCUCGAUCGUCAUCGCGAUGGUAUGCAUUGGCGUCUUCUUCGGUUCCCUCACUGCAAUUGCUACAGUUCCUGAAUUGGGAUCGGCUCGUGUCGUAUUUCAGACAAAUUAUGGGGACAUAGAGUUUGGUUUCUAUCACAGCGUUGCACCAAAGACAGUUGAACACAUUUUCAAGCUUGUCCGAUUGGGAGGUUAUAACACCAACCAUUUCUUCCGGGUAGAUAAGGGGUUCGUCGCCCAAGUUGCUGAUGUUGGUGGAGGAAGAACCGCUCCAAUGAAUGAAGUGCAGAGGUUGGAAGCUGAGAAAACUGUUGUUGGUGAAUUUAGUGACGUGAAGCAUGUCAGAGGUAUUCUUUCUAUGGGAAGAUAUUCGGAUCCAGACAGUGCACAGUCAUCAUUCUCAAUACUCCUCGGAGAUGCUCCUCAUCUUGAUGGUCAGUAUGCAAUAUUUGGUAAAGUUACUAAGGGUGAUGAAACCUUGAGCAAAAUGGAGGAAGUUCCUACCCGGAAAGAAGGAAUUUUUGUUAUGCCAACUGAGCGUAUCACUAUUUUCUCUACGUACUACUAUGAUACCGAGACGGAAAGUUGUGAAGAAGAUAGGUUGGAAUUGAAAAGGAGGAUUCUGGCAUCGGCUGUAGAGAUUGAAAAACAGAGAAUGAAGUGUUUUCCAUAACGUAUCAAGUAAUGUUGGGCCAUCCUCAAGAGGCUUACAUGCAGUAGGUGUUUUCUUUUUCCGUGUCACAUUUUGUUGUAUCUACAAAGUCAUAUCUUCUGUUCCCAAAAGAAGCGGCAUUAUGUUGUACAACUUGCUCUGAGUCAGAUGCGAUGAGCUAUGACUACCCUUAACAUGCUACUAUUAACAAUUAUUAUACAAAUGCAGUAUACCUUUCUCUGA